AUGCCUCUGCCAAGACGCCGAUCCUCCUUUUUGGGCCAGGCUAGCACGGAGCGGCCGGGCGGCGUGGGCCGGGUGAGCACGGGUGGCACCACAGCGCCCCGGGGCGUCUUUGUGGGCACCGCGCCCCCCAUCGUGAGCCAAACACCCGCCAACCUUGGUGCGCGCGUGUCCCGCAGGGCGCUGGGCAUCAGCAGCGUCUUCCUGCAGGGCCUGCGCAGCACCACCAGUGCCCCCGUGCUGCCCCAGCCGAGAGACCGGGCCCACCAGCAGCUGGGCUUUGACAGCCUCAAUGGCUGUCUGCUGGAGUACCGCGACAAGGUGCGCGCCCUGGAGCAGCUCAACCAACAGCUGGAGGAACAGAUCCGGAGCUGCCUGGACCGCAAGGCCUCCAGCGCUGAGACAUGGGGGUCCCUGAGGAAUGAGUGGGAGGACGUCUACAGACAGGUGAGCGAAGCCAUCCUGGACAAUGCUCGACUUAUGCUGCAGACAGAAAAUGUCCAGGCCAAUGCUGAAGACCUCAAAGACAGGUUUGAGAAUGAGCAGCCUUUCCGAAAGGCGGUGGAGGAGGAGAUUAGCUCACUCUACAAGGUGAUUGAUGAUGCUAACCUGACCGCAAUGGACUUGGAGAACCAGAUUGAGUCCAUGAAAGUUGAGCUAAUAGACCUCGCCAGAAACCAUGAAGAGGAUGUAAGAGAGCUGUAUAACCAGAUGGCAGGUCGUGACGUUGAUGAACCUGAUGCACCUAUUGAAACCAGUCUGGAACAGAUCCUGGCCUGUAUCCGUUCCCACUGGGAGAAGGUCAUAGAGAAAAACCGUACCGAGACUGAUGCUUACCUGGAGUGCAAGCAGACUGACUGUGUGAACAGUAAGCUGAGUCGAGAGGAGGAAGAGCUGGAGAGUCUGAAGACAGACUGCAAUGAUGCUAGCGUAAAGAUCCAGAGCCUACAGGCUGAGACAGAGUCUAUGAGGGCACUGAAACGGGGCCUGGAGAACUCCCUGAAUGAUGCCAAGCACUGGCAUGACAUUGAGCUGCAGAACCUGGGUUCUGUCAUUGGGAAGCUGGAGGCCGAGCUUUCGGAUAUACGUGGGGAGGUCGAGCAGCAGCGGCGCGACUACGAGACUCUACUCAACAAUAAGAUGAGGCUGGAGCUGGAGAUCGGAACGUACCAUGGAAUCCUGGACGGGGAGGAGAACAGAUACCACCCUUCAAUGUGCCCAGGUGGUUCUGCAGAGCCAGAAGGAGCAACAGCUUCUCCUCAGCCUACUUCUGAACACGCGGGGGAACCACAGCCUGAAGAUCCUAAAGAGAAAGAGAAGAAGAAAUGAAUCCUCUCCCUCACAAGCAUGGCUCCAGCCCUACGCCGCAACUGCAGAGACAUUUCCAGAAAAUGCUUGAUUUUCAUUUGCAUUCCUUCCCUUCUGCUCUAUUGCUUGUAUAGUUCUCAUUGCUAUUUUACAAGUUAAGAGUUUGAU